GGUUUGAGGGCUUUCUGCAGACAAAGAUCGAAGCAAAGAAACCCUAGCUGAAGAUGGUGAAGGGGCGCCAAGGAGAACGCGUCAGACUCUACGUCAGAGGAACAAUCCUAGGAUACAAGAGGUCGAAAUCGAACCAGUACCCAAACACGUCUCUGAUCCAGGUUGAGGGAGUGAACACCAAGGAGGAGGUCGAUUGGUACCGGGGAAAGCGCUUGGCGUACAUCUACAAGGCCAAGGUGAAGAAGAAUGGGUCCCACUAUCGCUGCAUUUGGGGCAAGGUUUCCAGGCCUCACGGUAACAGUGGUGUUGUUCGUGCGAAGUUCAAGUCAAACCUGCCGCCUAAAUCUAUGGGUUCGAGAGUAAGAGUUUUCAUGUACCCCAGCAACAUUUAAGUUGUUCAGGACCUAUGGUUGACAGAGAUUGGUCACUUGGGAGGGGAUUUAUGUUUUAUGAACCAAGUUUUUAAGUGUCUUGUUUGUUUAGAGCUGAAUCAAUUUUGUUUGGUUUAGGGUGUUUAAUGGAGCAUUGUUCAAAACACUACAGGUUAAGUGAAUGCACUUAUAUUUUGUUUAGCUUUUCUGCAAUUUGAGUCCUCGCCAAUUCCUGAUUUAUCAAGUUGACCAAUAAUGUUCAUCUUUCUGAAUUGCAAGUGGAACAAUUUUGUUAUAGGCUUUACUUACGUAUGCCUGUUAUAACAUGCAAGUGAUUCA